AUGCAGCAAAGAUCCGCGCCGGCCGUCCUUCCACGCCCUCAAUUCACCCACAAUUGCUCCGCUGGUGACUUCGUUUCAACAGCUUCACAACACAACUCUGUCAACAUGUCGGAACCUCUCGCUAAAGUCGACUCCGCCGUCCAAGGCCUGUCUACAUCGCCGCCAAAGGAGAAGGGCCAUAGAAGAGCCAGCUCCGCUGCCGCCCCUGGUGUCUACAACGUCAAGGACUUGGAAGAAGAGGGUAUCGAUCUGGAAAUUGCCAUUGAAACUCAAAAGACUGGCUGGAAAAUCAACAAGAGCUCGUCGACUGUAGACGACCCCAGCAUACUCAAGCUUCAUUUGACGAAACCUCCCGUCAAGAGGAUUGACCUGCACUUCCCCCUGGGCAUGGAAGUCUCCGCCCGCAAUCUCAAGGGUGUCACCAUCAAGGACGCUCUGGACGCCAUCCACAAGGCUUACAAGAAGCGGGCCGACGACGAGCUCGACAAGCCCUACCUCGCCGGCUUUGAAUGGGACAAGGAGGAGUCCUGGACGCGACUGGUAGUCCACCUCCAGAGCCAACCCAGCGCCGGUGGCUUUAGCGGUGGCGGCAAGAAGAAGAAGAACAAGAAGGAGGAAGAUUUGUCCCAGUCACGACAUAUCCUCGAUAUCGUGCUCUUUCGCGGUCUUGAGUGA